AUGGAUCUCGAGGCAAACUCUGAGCUCAUAUUUGGAGAGGAAUUCUGCUUUCCUGCUAACGCGACUUACUAUCCGACUCCAUAUGGUCCAACUGGAAUUACUCUGCCUGCUGAGUUGUAUGAGCACCAGGCAAUUUGGAGAUGUGGUGAUCAAGAUCUACACUACUUGGGCCAACAGGCUGAAGGCACAUCAUACUCGUAUUAUGUUGUCCCUGACUAUGGGAUUGCACAUUCUCCCCGUGGCCCUUACCCUUCAGGACAUUGUGCUAUAGCUGAUGGCAGGUUUGCUAGAUCCCGAGAGUAUCUUGCUAAGACUGCUGACAUCGCAUGCCACCAACCAGUUCCUAUACCCCACUAUGAUCUCCCAUCUGCUGCACAGUGGGGCCCAGCUAGCACGUCGCAAACUCUUAUGUGCAAUGAUAGUCUGUUCAUCCCCACUGAUCAAGGCCAAAGUUUCCCUGUUGUUCCAAAAAAGGGUAUUACAUGGAAUCCAUCUCUACAAUCAACUAGUGUUUCUUCAAAGAAAUUCGAAAACCAUGCUAUGCUAUCAACAGUACAACUGCAUAGUACAGAUCCAUGGAAGCAAAAUCUAGCAGCUGGAAGUGGAACUAUGGUACCUGCUAAACUUGGCCGUGCUCUACAGGCAUCACGACACUCUCUACAUGGGGGAGUUCCUCCUGUCAAGUCCUCGCCGCAGACUAAUCCAUCAUACAACUAUAAUGCUUCACAUGUUGGAUCGGACCUCCGUAAGAUGGCCAUAGCUGAGAAAUUCCAACCAAGCUCAAAGCCAAGAAGCUAUGUAAAUGGUUUAACUGGAAAGUUGAGUUCAGUGUGUCGGCUGAACUUAAGUAAAGAAAAACAGCCAAGAGGUUCGACGUCGUCAGAAAUAGUUGCCACAUCCUAUACAUCAAGGCUGCGUAUUGGCAAUCCAGAGGGGAAAAUCAUCAUUAAGACUGAUCAAUAUAACAGGGACGACUUCGAGGUGGUGUAUCCCAAUGCAAAAUUCUUUGUUAUCAAGUCUUGGGGCGAGGCAAAUGUUCACAAAUCCAUCAAAUAUGGUGUCUGGUCGAGCGGUCUUCAGGGAAACAAGAAGCUGGAUAGUGCAUUUAGAGAUGCUCAAAUGAUAGCUGCAAGCAGUUCUACCUUGUGUCCAGUUUUUCUGUUCUUUUCGGUCAAUGAAAGUAACCAUUUCUGUGGUGUUGCUGAGAUGGUUGGCCCUGUUGAUUUUCAAAAGGACAUGGACUUUUGGAGCAUGGAUAGAUGGGUUGGAAGUUUUCCUGUGAGGUGGCACAUUAUAAAGAAUAUACCAAAUGUCGCCUUGAAAUGUAUCUUGCUGCGGAACAAUGAAGAUAAGCCUGUCACCUCCAGCAAAAAUACACAAGAGAUACACUAUGUUCCCGGAACUAGUAUGCUCAGGAUCUUCAAAGGUUCAAAAACAAAUGGAUGUCUGCUUGAUUGCUUCAUGUUGUAUGAGGCGGAAGAAGCAAGAGGCAGAAAAUGCAGGAUGUCCAAGCUUAGGCGUGAUGCUCCACGUUUCAUACCUGUCCCGAAGCUGUCUCUGCGCCAUGCCUACGUUCCUCGGCAGCCCAAAGCUGACAGAAUACUGAUGGACAGAAUUAUCAGGGAGACGCACUAUCUGGCAGGCAACGGCAUGCAGCAGAGCUCAUGGGAAGAACCUGGGAACCUGGCUAGAUAUUCUGCCAAGGCAUCUGCACAGAAAGAAAACCGUAGCUCUGGAAAACAGGCUCGUGAGGAUGUGGUGAAAGCUGUAAUAUACCAGCAGCAGCCCCUAGCUUCAAACAUGCCGGCUGGUCCGGCUGGAGGACAACUAACCUCGGAGGAGGUUGAAGUCGCCCUGGUUGAAAAAGACCGCCCACAAACUGCUGCCAACAUCUCAUCGAAAGCACCUGAAGAGAGUCCAACUGAAGUUAAGAAUGCCUUGGUGCACAGUGCAUCAUCAACUCCAGAAACGAUUUAUGAAGAAAAGAAGGUCAUUGGGGAACACUGUGCUCGGGCAAUCAGUCCUCCUAUGAGUGAAGCCUGCUCAAGUUGCUUGAUUGGUGAUGUUCUGCGCAUUGGUUCGAUGCUGGUCCCGAUGAAGAUGUCCAACUAA